GGCGCUGUCAGUGGAUCCUAUGUCAAGUCCAUGUCGUCAAACACGCGACAAAUGUUCACCGAAUCUAUGAACUGGAUGGAUGGGUACUACGACUCGGAUGCUGGUUAUCUCUAUGACUUUAGUGCUGCUACCGCACUGAGACAUGAGACCCGCAGCUCUGCCUGGUAUGCUCUGGGUCUCCUGGCGCGAAACGAAGGCACCGAUGUUGCCGAGGCCGAGAAAAUCAUAACCAACAUUAUUUCCGGUCAAUAUACGGCGCCUGCCGAAGAGUGGUAUGGAGAUUACCAGCAGGAGCCUGAAGAGCCCUACGUCGGCUCAACCGUAUAUCCUGCAAAGAUAUAUGGCUCCUGGGAUCCUAACUGGAGAGGCUUUGUUGGCACAACAUUGGUUCUCGCAAUGGAGGAAUUCUCUGAUCUUCUGGAUAAGAAGACUCAGAAACUCAUUUUGGCAUCUCUUUACAAGGCCACUGUGGGUGAUUCCUACCGCUUUGGUCAUCUGGACUCCAGCCAGGACAACCUAUAUCCCGCAUAUAGCAACCCAUCUAUCAUGCGAGCUUUUGUAUCUGGCUGGACAGGCCGACGCCUCAAAGAUUCAAACAUGACCAAGGCAGGUGAGACCUAUGCCAAAGAGAUCAUUGAUCUCUUUAACGAACAAAAUACCCUUUCUGAGUUCAACUCUGGUACUUAUACUGGCGUUUCGCUCUUUGGUCUUAUUCUAUGGAGCAAGUAUCUACCAAAGGACUCCGUAAUGACCAAGAAUGGACCUAAGAUGAUUGAGUACACCUGGGAGGCAAUCUCCGCGCUUUGGCACCCAGGCUUGAAGAAUAUGGCUGGUCCCUGGGAUCGCUCCUAUGGUUAUGACAUGAACCGCUAUCUCAGCCUGAUGGCUUUGUGGUUCUGGCCAUUGAUUGGAAAGGAAAACGCUGGACUUAUCGAGAAGCCCGAAACCAUGUCUCACAUGGCUGACUACGCCUGGGCUCCUCUGUUCGCAGUUCUUGCGAAAAAGCAUGAGAGCCUGAUUCCUAAGAAGAUUCGAAAGAGUAUUUCGAAAUUUAGCGGCGAGCACACAUUCUCAACGUCGACUCGGUCUCCCCCCUUUGACAAUGCCCCUCGUAACUUCACCACCUGGCUCUCGGACAAAAUCACGAUUGGAGCCGAGGCAUUCGACGAAAUUGUCGUUGGCGGCCCUGCUCGGUCGCAGCAGUCAUUCAAUCCCGCUGUCAUCCAGUGGGACACUGGUAGCGAGAUUUCGUUCAUUUCGCUUUACCCAACCGAAAUGGCUCUCGAUGUUGAGGUCAACCCAUGGAACCUGACCUUGUCGUAUCCUUACGGAAACUCUAGUUCUGUUUUCACCCUCGUCACCGGCACAUUCGCCAAUAUCCGCACCAUCUCUGGCUGGGAAGACGUGCAAGGUCUUAAGGUCACAGUGUCAGGCAAUGUCAACGAGGCUUAUGAGCUGUCGUUCGCUGGAGGCUACGGAGGUUCUAGCAGCACAAUCAGGGACUUUGAGUUUUGGAACUUCACCUACACAAUGCCUGAGAGCUUCCAGGGCAUUCCUACGAUUGUCCUUGAACUUGAGCUGCUAAGCUGAGAGGAAUUCUUGUGUUGAAAUAUGCAAGAUCUGGAAACGUGUGGGCUUCUAAGAGCUGGAGAAGCCAGCACAGGAGAGAUGGUAUGAGUAAUAUUCUUCGACACCUUACUUGGGUAGACCUAUAUUAUACGGCUAAUUGAAU